GGGCGAACCGCGAACGGCGAAACUAGUGCGUCGUAGCCCGCUGCGUCAGGUGCACGUCUUUCGCUGCGUUCAAAGAAAAUUCGGGAACCAAACAAUGUGAAAGAAAUGACUCAUAAAAAUAAAAUUGCGUGCUCUGUUUGUAGUAAAUAUUAGUAUUCGUUGGGUCUUUGACCCUCGUAUAGGUUGGAAAACUGAAACAUAUAGUGAUCGAUUAGGAUUAUAAUCAGAUGGAAUAACUGGGAUGCUGUGGUACCGAUGACAUGUGGUCGUCGGUGGCGAGCGGCGGCAGCGAGCGCGCGGCGCCGUGUGCGCGCGCCAAGCACUCCGCCACGCUGCUGGCCGGCUACGUGUAUGUGCUGGGCGGACGUGGCGCCGGCGGUGCUGUGCCGUUGCGCGACUUUUGGCGCUACUGUCUCGCAAGCAGUCGCUGGGAGCGGCUGGAGGCGCGAGGCGAGCCGCCGCCCGCGCUGCAGGAGCACAGCGCGACGGCGCACGGCACACGCCUCUAUGUGUUCGGCGGAGAGGCGGGGGCGCUCUCCAACGAGACCCCGCUCUGGAUAUACGACACUGAGAGCCACAUCUGGCGCAAGCUGCCGGGUCAGCCCGGCGGGCCGGUGCGCAGCCGCGCACGCGGCGGCGGCGGAGGCGCGGGCUGCGGGCCGCGCGGGCGGCGCGGGCACUCGGCGCACGCGCUCAAGGACUGCCUGCUGGUGUACGGCGGCUACCGCGACCUGCGCGGCUCCACCAACGAGCUGUGGGCUUUCCACUACGAGUCGGAGAGCUGGCAGCAGGUGCGCACGAGCGCGGCGGGCCCGGCGCGGCACCGCCACGCCGCCGCGCUGCACGACUGCCGCCUCUACGUGCACGGCGGCCAGAGCGACCUGCGCGCCUGCGCCGACCUGUGGCACUACGACACACUGACGCGCGUGUGGACGCAGGUGCGCACGCCGCCCAAGCUGUCGCCCAGCGCGCGCAGCGGGCACGCGGGGCUGCGCGCCGGCGCGCACCUCUACAUCUUCGGCGGCGAGGCCAACGGCCACCCCACCAACGAGCUGUGGAGGUUCCACUUCGCCACGGAGACAUGGGAGCGCAUAGCCCAAAGCGUGAAGUGGCCAUCGGCGCGCGUCGACAGCCGCGCCUUACUAAUAGGAGGCUCGUACACGAGCCGCGUGCGGAGCGCCCCCGUGGCCCCCCUGGCCAGACCCGAGAGCCAGGCCCGCGGCCGCCCCGACGCGCCCGCCGGCUUCCUGCGGGAGAUCUCCAAGCUGUCGAGCUUCCACAUCCGCCGCGCCGCGAGGUGCUCCUACACCGUACUGGCGGGAGACCAAGAUUCCACCGAAAGUCUAGUCCGAACUGAACAUUCUAAUUUAUCCAAGUCGCGCUCCGCCUACAUCAUCGACGAGAGGCUGCCGGCGGAUGGCGACGAGGCGCCCAAGCGCGACGACGACACCGACGGCCGGCGCUCCGAACUGUCGCGCGAACCCAUCUCCGUCCCCGACUUCGCCGACAUGGUGCUGCCCACGCCCGUGCUCACCCCCGCCGAAGCCACCAAGCUGGUCUACCUCGAUUCCGAAGAAGAGGAGGACGUCAAACGCGAGAUAGCGCUGAAGCGCUCCAAGAACGGAACCGUCACCAAAAAUAAAAUCGUCCCGAUUUCCAAGUCAGCGUCCGUCAAAUUUACUAAGGAGCCCUUCACAGAAACGAUUAUCACUACCGAAGACGAAGCGGAAAUGUCGACAUCCGACUACGCGAGCGCUGAGAGGGUUAACAGGCUUUCCGGGGCGUCUUCCGGGUUCAGUAACCCUCAUUAUUUGGGUCCGGAUAUCAGGAAUUUAGGGUCCGCGUUAACUCCGGACUCUGGCGUGGGUCCGGGGGACAUAGAGCUGCAGGAUUUGAGCGAGAGACGCGCCCGGAGCGUUUCGAGGAACGGGGAGAGGCAGCUGCACUUGCUGUUAGUCGGCGGGAAGGAGCCGCCGCACCUGGCGCUGCUGCAGAGCCCCUUGUCCAUGUGGAGCUUCAAACUAUUGUAAUUUGUAUUCUUAAGGAGCCAUAGCGGGGAUCCACACUGCUUUAUCCCGACACAUGGCGCAGCACCGGCCACAGAGGUAAUAUAUCAUCUGUGGAACCGACUGGCGGCUAUACCUACUGAGCUGUCAAACGCUAUAAAUUAUAUACCUACGAGCUUCCAGGUAUCAUACAUCUUUAAAUGAUCGAAUGGAGAUCAACUAUUCUUAACAAAGCUAGCAAACAAACAAAACUAUGUUGAUUAUAACUUGACAUCGGCCGGAGCUCUCUAAGUCGGGCCCUCUAAGUUCAGCUUUGCCCACUGACAUAGUUUUGUUAUCUCAUUGGUUUUGUCUGUGGAUCCCCAUUUCGCGUGGAUUCUCUAGAUUCGCAGGUUCGAAUCAGUUCAAGUCAAAAUACCUUAGUUUCCAACAAAAUCUGAGCGCGUAACAUAAGCCAUGGCACGAUUUCAGCGUGAUUUUUAGUCAUAGAUUAAACAUGUUUGGAACACUAAUUUAAUUAGAUUCUAAAUUCUAAAACGCCCAUAGAUUUAGGAAAUGUAAGUAGGUAUAAGUAUUUAUUAAUACAGGGUGUAACCAGAGCGCUAGCAAAAACGAACACAGGUGAUAGUACUCAUGAUCACU